AUUGCUGGGUUAUUGAAGUGCCUAGUAUUCUCCUGUAUUAUUCAAUGUGCUCCACUUUGCACAUGAAAAUGAUGGGAGGACAAAUUUGCAAUGAUAGAAGAAAGAAUCUCAAACCACGAUGCAAGAAAUUAGGGUUUAUUAAUAGUCUUCUUCCCCAUCCUUCCAGCUCCCCAACCACAGCUGCACUCCAGGUUAGGAUGGAAGUCAAAAUGGCAUCAUCUAUUGUCAUUCUUCUGGUUUCGCUUAUGUUUGCUGAUGCAAGGUAUGGCAAAGAGCCAGAGCUAAAUCAAGAAGGAAACUCCAUAUGUAAUUCAUGUUUGGAAGCUUCAAGGAUGGCAGAAAGAGCUCUGAAGGAAUGGGAACCUUUCAAAGAACUUGAUAAGCUUUCCGGCAACAUAUGCAGUGUCCUGCCAGUAAAUUUCGAACUUCAGCAGUGCUUGGAGAAAACAAAGAAGCAAAUUCAUCAUACCAAACUAUCAUUUCAAGAACUCUUUCAUGAGAAAAGCCUUUGCAACAGCAGAGACCUAUGUGCUGACCAUCAAAUUUUGCAAGAAAUCAAAAUUGCAGGGGAGAACAAAAGCCCUCCAGAGUUAGAAGACGAAAGAGACUGCAUAGCGUGCCGAAGGGCUGUCAGAGAACUAGUCAUGAAGAUGAAUCAGCCUAAGAUGAAGACAAAAAUAAUUGAGGCACUUAUAGAUUACUGUGAAGAAACAGAAGAUAAUGAGGACCAAUGCAAGCGAAGAGUAAAGAAGUAUGUUCCUACAGUGUUAAUUAAACUGGAGAAGUUGAAACCCACUGAUAUCUGCCUUAUGAUGGGAAUGUGUGAUGAAAGGUAUGGCUCCCUCUAAUAUGUUGGAUUAAAGAGUAAAGUUCCAAAAUAGUCCCCUAAAUCUUUUUAGCGCAUCAUUUUAGUCCCGAAAUUUAUAAAAAUAUCAAAAUAGUCCUCCAAAUCUUUUAAUAUAGGCUGAAAUGAUCCCGAGGGUGAACUAUUUUUGCUCCCAUUAAAAAUGUUUGAAGACUAAUUUGACACUUUUAUAGACUUUGGGACUAAAAUGAACCUCUAAACAGAGUAUGGGGACCAUUUUUGACACUUUUCUCUUGGAUUAAGUAAUGUCUUUUAGGUUCUCCUCCCAAAGUUCUUCAAUAAACGGCAGAGGUAGAUGAGUCGCAAAAUCAGUGAAAAAUCAAAUUUUGUCAGCCAUACAGUUUAAUGAGACAAUCUUCUAUAUUAUAAGUGUCUUUCCUAGAUCACAUGAUAUAAAUGUAAAGAGUCUUUGCUGAUCUACCACUUGUGCCGUCAGAGCGCUGGAGGGAAACCAAUGUAUUAUUUUGAUGAUAUAAGUAUUGACAUGCAUUCUAAUCA